AUGGCUCCGGCGAUGGCAAGAAGGAUCUCGAUUCCUACACCAUUAAAGGCACCAACAAGGUCGUCAAAGGUACCUUCUCAUCAUCAUCGCCCCCCCUCCCUAACCCCCUCCAGAUUCAAGAAGCAGAACGGCUCUGGCGAUGAUGUCUUCGCCCGCCUCUUCGCCGCCUCCUUGGAUCCCGACUCCGCCCCCCUCUCCCCCGAACCGCGGAUCCUCAAGUCCCGCCUCGUCGCCGACGAGACCCUCUACGGCCUCUUCCUCCUGCGCUCCUCCCCGACCCUCGCCGGCUACGACUACGUGGUCGUCGACAUGGAGCACGGCUCUGGCGGCAUCGCCGAGGCCCUCCCCUGCCUCCGCGCCCUCGCCGCCGCCCGCACCCCGGCCAUCCUCCGCCUUCCGGAGCUCUCCGCCGCCUGCGCCAAGAAGGCCCUCGAUCUCGGCCCCCAGGGCCUCAUGUUCCCCAUGAUCGAGUCCCCCGGCGCCGCCGAGCUUGCCGUCUCAUUCUGCCGUUUCCCGCCGCACGGCGUCCGUGGGUCCACCCACACAGUGGUGCGCGCCUCUGCCUACGGCAUCGACGACGGCUACCUGGCGCGGGUUGACGAGGAGCUGCUGGUGAUGUGCCAGGUGGAGACGGCGGCGGGGGUGGCGGAGAUCGAGGUGAUCGCCGGCGUCGAGGGGGUCGACGUGGUGCAGAUGGAGCCGCUGGAUCUGAGCGCGAGCAUGGGAUAUCUGUGGGAUCCUAGGAACCGGAAGGUGAGGGAUGCGAUGAAGGAGGCGGAGAGGAAGGUGCUGGGGAAAAAUCCUAGGAACCGGAAGGCGAGGCCCUGA